AAGAAGUUGCAGCAGGGGAGUUUCUAAACUCUCCGCUCCUUCCACAGACAAUGACAACCAGGGAGAGUUUAUAGCAUAGCCGGCGAGUUGCCAUGAACUUUGCCGAGGGAGUUCUCUGCCACGUUUAUAUAACGUUAAAGACCUCGACAUAACAUAUUGGCUUGUUGGGAGUAGUUGGAGAAGCCUAGAUCUCACUCUUUAAUUUGAAUUUUUACGCGAUAUGGAAUCAUCCCUGGAGUUCUCAAACUCUUUCACCAGUGUGUCUUCGCCCUCCGGGCGGUGUCGGAUCUUCAAGAUCAUCGUGAUCGGAGACUCCGGUGUCGGUAAGACCUGUCUCACCUACCGGUUCUGUGCCGGUGAGUUCCUCGACCGAACCGAAGCCACCAUCGGUGUCGAUUUCCGUGAGAGAUUGGUCGAGGUCGAAGGCGAGAAAAUCAAGGAGGACAGAGAGGAUGGAGGAGAGAGGACGCAGGAGCUCCAGCUAUGGGACACGGCGGGCCAGGAGCGUUUCAGGAAGUCCAUGGUCCAGCAGUACUAUCGGAACGUUCAUGCUGUUCUCUUCAUCUACGACGUCACCAGACCAGACAGCUUCAGAGGCCUGUCAGCCUGGAUAGAGGAGUGUAGACGGUACUCACUGGGACAGGAGAUAACCAG